GACAUAUAGCCAUCGAUAUCGAUAGAAACAAAGUGCAGUUUGGAUGUGUGCGUUGUCGGGUUGAACAAACCCAUUGUGCCCAACCGUGGGGCCAGAGAUUAAUUACUUAACCAUACGAUACGAAUCAAUUUGUAGAUGUCCAAUACGUACAACUACACCUUGGAGCACACCACAAAGGAGCGAUAGACAGUGUCAGCAGGGAGCACGAAGCACGAAGCACGGAGCAGGGAGCAGGUGGAACCAUGACCAUGCCACUGAACAGUAGCAGUAGCGGCAGCGACUUGCCAAGUGCAACUGCCGACCCGCAUCAGCCUCUGCCUCAUCAUCAUCAUCAUCAGCAGACCCUGCUGCUCUAUUCCGGACUGCUCUCCUCGGCCCUGUCAGUCGCCACCACGGAAGACUCCAGUGUCAGUACGAGUAAUGCCUUGGUGCUCAUUCAGACGACAACCAGUGCCACGACAGCAGCAGCAGGAUUGGGAGGAUUGGGAUCAGGAGCCACAUCCAUAUCCACGCUCAGGGCUACGGCAACGGCGGCCGGAGUGCUGGGAGUGCCUUCGGUGAACUCCUAUUUGGUGAGCAUGGCCUGGCCCAAGUCCCUGGCCGUCGCCCUGUUCCUGGUGCUCAUCCUCGUCACGGUCGUGGGCAACACUCUGGUCAUACUCGCCGUGAUGACCACCCGACGGCUGCGCACCGUCACCAACUGCUUCGUGAUGAACCUGGCCAUAACGGACUGGCUGGUGGGCACCUGUGUGAUGCCUCCAUCGGUCAUCCUCUACAUAACAGGCACCUGGCGCUUCGGAUGGAUACUGUGCGACAUAUGGAUCUCCCUGGACAUUCUCCUCUGCACCGGCUCCAUCCUUAGCCUGUGCGCCAUCAGCCUGGACAGGUAUCUGGCCGUCACACAACCCUUGACGUACUCGAAGAAGCGUCGCUCCAAGCGCCUGGCCCUGCUCAUGAUACUGGUCGUAUGGAUAACGGCCCUGUCAAUCACAUGUCCGCCGUAUUUGGGCUGGUACGAGGCGGGCAGGCACCAGGAGGAGUAUGUGGACUGUCGCUACAACCAGAACAAGGGCUACGUGGUCUUCUCGGCCAUGGGAUCGUUCUUCAUCCCCCUGACGGUGAUGCUGUACGUCUACGUCAAGAUUGGUUAUGUGCUCACCUCGCGCCGACAGCGCAUUGUGCGCGAUGCGAACUCGGAGCGCACGGCGGACUGUGACGUGGAUGGCGACAACUUCAUCUCCGAGUCGGAGCACUAUCACUGCACGCCCACCAAGUGGCUGCCGCACCGGAAGUCCCGCUGGAGGUUCAACUCGUUGCACGACCAGACAGGCGCAGGCACAGGCACCGGCACAGGCUCCACUGCUAGCGCGGGCAAACAGUCACUCAAGUGCCCAAAGUGCCAGGAGAAGACCGGACAAGUGCCGGACAAAACGCUGACCUUCAAGCACCAGCCCACGUUCUACGAACUGGUGGAGGUCUCCCGCCUCUCCUCACUCAUCCACUGCUCGGCAAUUAGCUGCAAGUACGGCGGCCCCUGCAUGCAUUCUACGCCCUCGGUGCCCUCGGGGCUGCACUACACGGGCAGCCAGGCCUCCUUCUCGGACACCUGCCUGGGGGGCAUGCAGGGAUCCAAUAUGGCCGCCGAGUCGCCAUCCGACUCCAAGCCGCAGCCGUUGGACGGAGACUCCAAGGGCGGCUCUCAGGCGGUCCUGCAGAAGAGAGUCUUCGACAUGCAGCACCAUUACCAGCAGGGACAGGUGCCGGUGCAGGUGCCCGUCCAGGCCCAUCAUCAUCAUCACAGCCAUAAUCACGGCCAGCACAACCCCCACAGGAUGCCGAUGCGAGUUUCGACCACGAAACGUGAUAGCACAAAGACCGCCAAGACCCUGACGAUUGUGAUGGGCGGCCUAAUUGCUUGCUGGCUGCCGUUCUUCGUCUACUACCUGCUGAUACCCUUCCUUCCCCGGCCGGCGGUGCUCGAGGACCUCAUGUUCGGCUUCACCUGGGUGGGCUGGGUCAAUUGCGCCAUAAACCCCUUCAUCUACGCCUUCUACAAUCCCGACUUUCGCACUGCCUUCUGGCGCCUCACCUGCCGACCCAUCUGCAAGCAAAAGCGUCCUCCCAACCAUCUAGCCAUGUUCCGCGGCUAAGCUCCCAUUCCCAUUCCCAUUCGCAUCCCAUCCCAGUAUCUUGAUAGUUGUGCCAUAAUCUUAGAAAACAUCCUUUAGACAAUCCAAGCAAGGCUCAGAUGUGAUGGAUUCCCAUCCUCAAGCUAAGCGCCAGAGUCCUAAGAGAUGUAUCUUGUCCAUGUAGCUUUUAGUGUGCACUAGGCUUUAUCCCAAUGUUGCACUAUGUAGAUGGUUUCUCUAGUCGUCCGGAAGAUACUUACUUGUUGGCUCCACCAUCAUAGAAUAUCUAAUUAAAGGCAGUAUUUAUAGUGUAUCCGCAUUCAAGGCUCUCCUUUGGUCUUGGUUGAGUUAUGAGUGCCAUCUUCGAGCAGAGACGAAUUAAUCCUAUUUAAGAUUUUAUAAUAUAUCAUAAAUAUAUGUAUGCGCAGUGUGUGGUGGAAAACAAACCAAAACCGAAACCAAAAGCGAAACCAAAACCGAAACAAAAGACAAAUUAUAGUAUUUGCAGGGUCUUUGUUGCCUGACAGCAACUGUUGACUGUCUGGAUGUCUGGCAGAUGAGAUGAUGGUAUGGGUCCGGUCCAGUAGCUGCCAACGACAUAUCUGGCGUAUCCUUUGUGGGUCCGUCCCACGGCCCUGCAGGCACUGACAGAGUCCGGGUCCGGGUCCGGGUCUGGCCAACCCAUUUAAUGUUUGAGCAAUUGUCCGGAGGAGCACUGAAAGUGAAACUGAAACGGGACUUCAAGCUGCAAUUGUGCUGGAAAAGAUUUUGAAGUGGACACACAUAAAACACAAACAAAAAAACAAAAAAAAAACAAAAGAAUAAAAGAAUAAAAGAAAAGAAAAGCCUUUGUCCCCACUCUAGAAUUAGGAAGCACGUUUUUUAGGCCACUGAAGUCACUAGACAGACACUUUGUAUAUUUGUACUAUGUACUAUAUGUGUAUGCUAUACUACUAUAUAUUAUAUUCAACUUGUUAUAUUUAUAAAUGUUCACUUGGAAUGGAUCUCUG